AGCAUGAAUAUUACUACCAUCCCAAAAUUCCUUGCAACCAAAAACUCUUUUUCUAUUGCAUUAAUAAUCUCAAUAUAUAUACUCUUUCUUGUUACAAAUGUAAAAUCCGAUUUUUCCUUCGACUUCCCUAAUUUUAACCUUGACACUAUUAAAGAAGGUAUCGCCUUCGCAAACGACGCCACAUUAAAAAACGGGGUAAUACAAUUAACAAGGAAAGACGAUUAUGGUUAUCCACUCAAACAUAGUGCCGGCCAAUUUGGAUUGAUAACACCAAUUCAAAUUUACGACAAAACCACCGGAAAAGUUGCGGAUUUUGUAACGGAGUUCACCUUUUUGGUGAACACAAACGGUAGAAGUAAUUAUGGUGAUGGUUUUGCUUUCUUCAUCGUAUCACCAAAUUUCAAAAUCCCCGACAAGAAAAAAUCGGAAGGCGGAAACCUCGGAAUAUUUACCUCGGAAACCGCUUUAUAUACCAAAGAAGUUCUUCUUGUUGAGUUUGAUACUUUUUCAAAUGAAUGGGAUCCAAGUCCUGUGACACAAUUUGCUCAUAUAGGAAUUGAUGUUAAUUCAAUUAGGUCAGUGGUUUAUACACCUUGGUAUAGUGAUUUUACUCUUGAUGGAAAUGUAGGAAAAGCACGCAUAGAGUAUGAUUCUAGUGACAAAAAAUUGAAAGUGUUGGUAACUUAUUUUAAUAAGGGACCAAUAUUGAAUGGGGAAUCUAGCUUAGUAUAUAAUAUUGAUUUGACAACUUUUCUUCCUGAAAAGGUUCAAAUUGGGUUCUCUGCUUCUACCGGGGAUUUGGUUGAGACACAUGACAUUCUCUCUUGGUCUUUCAAGUCAAACAUUUAGUAUACAUGUGGGAAAGUUUAUAUUUUGUUCCAAAAUAAUAACCUCGUAUGUUAAGAGGAUGUAUAAUA